AUGAAGAUUCACGUCAAGGACUAUCUGCUCGGCUUCAUCCCCGUCACCAAGGUGUUGGAGGUCGAAAAGUGGACCACAAUCGAAGAGGUGAAACGAAAAGCCUCCUCCAGCGUCGUCCCCGAUCUCGUCGGAGCUCUAGGCCUAGGAAAGACCAGCGAACUCUCCGGCGGCGGCUUCUUCAUGGCCCAACCGGCGAUGGCGAGCUUCUGGGGUGGCGGCGUCUACGGCGACAGGCGGACCCUUGAGACGUGUUGCAUCAACGACGGCGACCUGGUCGACCUGACUGCCUUC